GGCGAGGACCUGGUCUUGGCGGUCACUCUACACGAGGCCCGCCCGCCGCGCCACCUCUAGCGCUCGAAAGGCCGCUCCGCGCGCCGCCCCGCGUCGCCCCACGAUGGCGGAGGACGGGAGCCAGGCCCUCGAGCAGUUCUGCCUGCUCGCCAAGAGCGCCAAGGGCCGCGCCGUCGUCGGCAUCAUCCAGCAGACGCUGUCGUCGAAGCGCAUCUACGUCUUCGGCGAGCUGCUCGCCAUGCCCUCGGUGCAGGCCCUCCGGGGCACGGAGCACGCGCCCCACCUCGACCUCCUCGAGAUCUUCGCGUUCGGGACCUACGGCGACUACCGGGCCAAGGGCGACGCCAUGCCGCCGCUGACGCCCGCGCAGCUCACGAAGCUGCGCCAGCUGUCCCUCGUGAGCCUCGCGCGCGAGUCCGCCGUCGUCGCCUACGCGACCAUGCAGGAGGAGCUCGCGGUGGACAACGUCCGGGACCUGGAGGACGCGAUCAUCGAGACCAUCUACGCGGGCCUCCUGUCGGGCAAGAUGGACCAGAUGAGCGCCGAGUUCCGCGUCGCCAAGGCCGCGGGCCGCGACGUCAAGCUCGACGCCGUCGGCGACCUCGCGGCCAAGCUCGAGGCCUGGGCGGCGACGGCCGGCCAGCUCUCCGCGGAGCUCGAGGAGAACAAGGCCUCCGCCAAGGCCAUGCGCGACCAGCGCAAGGACGAGCAGUGAGCGGGUGUGUCUCGCGCGCCUCCCUCUGCUCUCUACGCUAAAGCACCCCUUUCGUCGC